GUACGAUUGUAGACGACUUUAUUUUCCAUUGCUUAUGUGGAGAAAAUAAGACCCACUGGCUGAACAGGAUAGGCUGCACAACUAUAAUUCGACUAAAAAUGUCUAAACUACAGUUGUUGCAUGUGUUUUUAAAUGAGCGUUUAACGGCGGCUGUUGUGGAGAUUGUCGGUGCAGUUGAGAAAACGGUAGCGGAGUACCAGGAGGAGAAUGAUCGGCUACGGAGAAUGCUGCGGAUCACACAGGAGAUAAAACUAUGUAAAAUAGGCUCCCUGCCUCUCUCUCUUGCUGUCUCUGAAGAGGAGGAUCCCCCUGAGCAGCAGCACUGUGAGCAGGAGUGGAGCCACAGUCUGGGGCAGGAGGACCCAAAGCCCACACAGAUUAUAGAGGAAGAGCAGAUUCAAGGGCUGGAGCCUGAUAUCAUAGAGUUCAAAUUCACUCCUUCCUGUGUGAAAAGUGAAUGUGAUCAGGAGGACCCACUUUGGUCCUUGACUCUUCCUAAAACCCAGAUUGUGGAGCACGUAGAUAUUGACUCUAAACGAGUGGAUCCUGAACCUUUUGCCACUGUGACCCACCUAAAGGGUUUCAAAAUUUCCUGUGACCCUCCAGAUAAUCAAAACAAUGCCUCCAUCCACAGCUCAGCCAUAAGCAGCAACCCAGUAGGACUUGACAGCAGCCCACCAUUGGAUCCCAGCCCACCAUUGGCUCCGACCCCACCAUUGGGGAAACCCUGCAACUUCCCCUUUUAUGGCAAGACAUUCAAACAAAAAGGAAAUCUGUCCAUGCACAUGAGUAUUCACACAGGAGACAUGCCAUUUAGCUGUGGUGACUGUGGGAAGUGCUUUAUUCAGAAGGGGGACCUAAGAAGACAUAUACUGACUCACACAGGAGAGAAACCAUUUAGCUGUAAUUUUUGCAGUAAAAGCUUCAAUCAGAAGGGGGACCUAAGGAGGCAUAUACUGACUCACACAGGAGAGAAACCGUUUAGCUGUGGCGACUGUGGGAAAAGCUUCAGUCAGAAGGGGGACCUAAGGAGGCAUAUACUGACUCACACAGGAGAGAAACCAUUUAGCUGUGGUGACUGUGGGAAAAGCUUCCGUCUCAAGGGGAACCUAACCACUCAUACACUCACUCACAAAGGAGUGAAACAACAUGGCUGUGCCGUCUGUGGUUUAAGAUUCACUCAUAAGGCUUAUCUGCUGAAGCAUGUGCACAAAGUCCACAAAGAAAGAAAACAGGAUGAAAACUGAAAGGGAAGAUAAUUAGGACAAAGACGUCUGUCAGAAGAUGGGAGUAAAAACUGUGUAUAACACUCCUAGGAAAGCAAAGCAACUCUGGAUCAUUCAUGUUCUGCGUUACAGAUAAAUAGAUGUGUGAUUCAUUUACUUUUGUAAAGCCGGUGUAAAUAAAGUUUGAUAUGAUUUGAACGAUGAGGUAAUGAUCAAACAGUAAUACACUGUAUAAUGGGAAUCUUGCAGAUCUGAGGGGUAUACUAAUCAAAUCAAAUAUAUGUAUAAAGCUGUUUUUUCAGCAGAUGUCAAAGUGCUGUACAGAAACCCAGCCUGAAACCCCAAACAGCAAGCAAUGCAGAUGUAGAAGCACGGUGGCUAGUAUACCCCUUUGCAGUACAAACAACAACAAAGUGGAUACCCCGCCACUUUUUCGGUAAACAGCUGAGGGAGAACGAAAUGUAAAAACACUCAAAUUCAGACAGAUCUAUGGAUGGAAGGACUGGCCACUCAUGAGAUCAGAAUGAUAUUUUUAACCAUCUUUUGAGGAUAUAUAGUGUUUGUUUGCAAUUACAUUGUUUACAAACAAUGGAGGGAUGCGUUUUUGAACACCUGAGUAGAGUAGUCCGGUCUCAAGAUCACAUAUGUUUUUGUGUCAGAUACAUUUGUACUCGGUCUCGGGCAGUGAGGACUCGGGAAGAAACUCGUAAUUUCUUCCCGAGACAGUGGAGUAAAAAAACUCUGAAUUAUCAGCUUCCAUUCAGUCAGCGCAUAAAACGAAUUAAUCAGGCCAAAUAUAUACACUCCUUUCUUGAAAUGUUAAUACAGUAUCUUAACAUCCUUAUCUAUUAUAGACAUGUUUGCGCAGUGGCGAACCUAUAGGCCUUCAGUGUGUGACGUGUUCGUGAUUAUGAAAGGACAGCAACCUAGCGCACUCAUGUAGGAGAGUGCACUUUUUAUAAAACACAAAGGGCCAGUGGUGUAGUGGAGGGUAAACGCAGGAAUAAGCCGUAUACCCACUUUUUUUAAGUGGGCAUUGCGUAUAGAUAUACUUACUUCUUAAUCCCUACUGAUGCGUAUUAAAGUUGUGUAGUGGACAUAUACGAUUUAUCAUGAAUGUAGUACAAUAAAGAAAUCGUGUACAAAGUAGCCUACACAAUCGCAAAGCAAGUGAAAUAUAUUGACAUGCGUGCUGCACACAGCGGAAUAUCAUCUGCAGGCAGCAAGAGUGUGCAGCUCUCAACUGGUUUUGGCAUUGAGCAGCUCACAUAAGAAUGAUGUUAGCUGGUAGGGUAGGAAAUACGUUUCAAUUGAUGGUAUCUACCAGUAAAUGCUAACUAAGGUAACAAUUGGUAUGCAAACCAGGUAUUGAUUAAGUUUAGUCUGAAGUGUUGAUUAGUAGGCUAUUUGUGAUGAGUUGUUUGCAUCAGGGGCAUAGACAUGGAUGGGCCUGGGUGGACAGAGGCCUACCCACUGGGGAG